GCAUGCUAUCUUUUUCAAUGGACAAACGCUAUCUAUCGAGAAAACCGCAGAACUUAAUGAACAACCUAAUAGAACGGAAAGAAAGCAUCGCGCUCGCGCGAUGUACGCACCUUUCACUUUCCGUCGACUCGCGGAAAUGAGAACGAAUAAAAUUGUAGAUACGUUAUUCGCGUAAUAUAUCGAUAUCAAUUCGGCAUUAAUCGCGACAAGAUUAUAUCUUUUUGCAAAACAAAAUGGUCCGUUUCCAUUAGAACCGAUCUUAAAAGAAACCUUGAUUUAUACUAAAUAAAGUGUCGUCGUAAUAUUUGUAUCGUUUUUUUCCUCGUUUGAACGAAGCAAGCCAAAAUUUGGCAUCACGAUCACACGUGCGUACGUACUUAUUACGAUUUGUUGGAGCACAAAUUAUUCCUACCACAUUCCCCUACCGUAUACAUAUACGUAUCUACAGUAUCUACAGUAUAUGUAUCUACAGAAGGGACCGUUACUUGGCAACAAUCUGACAAAACAGUUCCCUUCCAACAUAUCGAAUCAACGAAGAAUGACAGUCUUGGACUCAACAUCGUUCCACAUGACAGAGAUCGCGAUUCAACGCGUAGAAAUUGCAUAAAACUCGCAAGGUGACUACGUCCUCUGACAUUGGAAAAAAAUGAUAAAGAUAAGACAAAGAUACACGUACAUGCAGUUGUGAACGAAAAAUGAUUUAAAAUUCAAUAAGGGUCCUAAGAAGGUAAAAGGAAAAGCCGUAGACAGUGUCGAAGGAGUGGACACGACCAAGAUGAACAGGGAACAAUUGGAGGUGUACGCUCACAAAAUAUUGGAGGAAUUGGAACGUGAACGCGAAGAGAGAAACUUUUUCCAAAUAGAAAGGGACAAAUUGCGAACGUUUUGGGAAAUAACGAGACACCAGUUGGACGAAGCACGCGCUCAAGGCAGAAACAAAGAACGCGAAAAGGAGGAACUGGCGGAGAAACACGAGGCCGAAUUGAAACUGUACAAGCAAAAGGUGAAACACCUGACGUACGAACAUCAGACCAAUCUAUCGGAGACCAAGGCGGAACAUUCGGUCGCUCUGAAAUUAGCUCAAGAUGAUCACGCCGCACAGGAGAACGAACUCAUCAACGAUAAAUCGGAGCUGAAGAAGCUGCAAAAAGAACAGGAGUUGGCGUACAUGAACGAAAUUCGCGCACUGAAGCUGCGGCAUUCGGAAGAAACAAACAACAUGACGAGAAAGUUGGAAUCGGAGGCUGCAGAAUUGGAACAAAAGUACGAGCAGAAAUUGAGCAGUCAAUACGAGUGGUUGACGCUGAAACAUCGCAUGGAAACGACGGAAGUAGAGGAGCGGAAGAACGCGCAAAUCGCGAAUCUGCUAAAGAAUCACGAGAACGCAUUCACCGAGAUGAAGAAUUACUACAACGAGAUCACUCUGAACAAUCUGUCGCUGAUCAAGAGCAUGAAGGAACAAAUGGACGCGACGAAGAGGAACGAGGAACGCGCGAAGAAGCAAGCGCGGGAACUGACCGCGGACAACGAAAAACGUUCGGCGGAGCUGAAAGUCGCACGAGAGAACGCGGCCGAGCUGGCUCGUCAAUUGGCAAAUUACGAGAACAACAAACAAUGCUUGGCGAACACGAAACGGAGACUGGCGGCGGUGAUGAGGGAUCUAGAAAACUUGAAAUGGGAAAACGAGGUUCUCGAGCUACGCUUCGAAAAGUGUCAAUCCGAGAGGGACGAAUUGCACUCGAGAUUCGUCUCGGCCAUCCUGGAGCUGCAGCAGAAGACGGGCUUAAAAAACGCGCUCUUGGAAAAGAAACUGGAGAAACUGUACAAUCUGUGGGAGCAACGCGAAGCGGAAAUCGGCGGCGAAGCAUCCGUUCGCGCACGAUCGGACAGCGCGACAACGACCAAGACGAAGGAGAAAUCACAAGUACGUAGGAAGACGAUCAAACGAGAAAUCCGUCCCCACCACAGUUUCCCUUCCAUCUCUUUUUGUUUUUUUUCCUUUCUCCUUUCAGGACACGCUAAAAAGGAACGAGGCAGGAAAAUGGCAACGCGAAUCGACGAACAACGCACAAAGCGCACAUUCACCUCUCAAUUAUCAAGAGAAGCAAGCCAAGCGAGAGUGAAACACGAAGGAUGAACGUCGUAAACGUCGUUGGAAGGAAGAACAAAGAUGAGUGUCGCGCGGGAGCAGAACUCAUUACCGCACGUUCGCGUCAAACGAUGCAACGAAGUUCUCAUUCGUUCCGUUUUUUUUUUUUUUUUAUUGGAAGGUGCUUAGGGAAAAAAAAAACAAAAAAACAAGACGUUACCAAAAAUACGUAUAUGACAACAAUGUAUAUGACAACACGCAACAAUGCAAAUAAAUGAAAUAAAAAAUAACGAUUAAAAGUG